AGAAGAGAGGAAUUACUUAAAUUUUUCCCAAAUCCAGUCGCGCAAAGAAGAUAAAGAUCAAGACUCAAGACUUUGCUUCCUCGGCUGAUGUUAGUUGAUGGUUCUUCGCCAGUGCCUUUGAAGAGGAGGAGACACAGCAAUAUUCAUCCAAUGGAACUUGAAUCAGCUAAGGCCAAGCUAGCAGCUGCUAAAGAGAAGUAUGGACGAGAAAUUCGUGUGUUUGAAACCUUUGGACUGUCUGCGUCACCAUCUGCAAUUUCCAAUGCUGAGACGGAUGACUUUUAUGAGUUCACUGCAGAAGAUUAUUCCCGACUUCUGGCAACUAAAAAGCAAGAGAAUUUCUUAAAGACACGAAAAAUCCGAGAGGCAGAAGAGGCAGCUCGCAGGUCAAAAAUUACCAAGGCUGCAAUUAGGGUCCGCUUUCCUGAUGGUCAUACACUGGAGGCCACUUUCCAUCAAUCAGAAACAAUUCAGAACUUAGUUGAUCUUCUUGUGAAAGUGGUUGCACGACCAGAUCUACCAUUUCAUUUAUAUACGACUCCCCCAAAGAAGCUAAUAAAAGAUUUAUCACAAGAUUUUUAUGCAGCUGGCUUUAUUCCUGGCGCUAUUGUGUAUUUUUCAUAUGGUCCACCUAAAGAUGAUGAUGCCGCAGCUGUUAAUUCAGGCCCAUUCCUUCAGGAAGAUGUGUUGUCUUUGAAAGGUCUGGAAAUCGUUAAUGAGCAGCCAGAGCCCAUUCAGUCUGCACCAGAAUCUGUAGCAGUUCCUCCCCCUGUUGUUCAGGAGCAGAAACCUGCUGAGAAAAAGCCUGUCAAGCCGAAGUGGUUGAAAAUGUGAUGCCACCCUCUUAGUGCCUGAUUAGACUUCAUAACUAACUUGGCGAAUCAGUUCUCGCAACAGUUGCACAUUGUUAUUGUUGUUAAUGUUUCUACAGCUAUGCCUGAAUAUUUAAAUGUAUCAAUGUUGCUUCCUUUUCUGCA